AUGGCCGCAGCUUCAGCAGCCUCUUACAAGGCUCGUAAGGAGGCAUUCGUGUCCAACCUCUAUGGAAGUUCCUUGACAGAGAUCAACGUGGUCACGCUUGUUGCUGCAGCCGCAGUAUUUCUCUGGACUGCUCUGCAGAGGAGACACUCUUUCUUCACGCCAUACACUCCUGUCGCGUUGCUGGCCGACUUCCUGCUCAAUGUCUGCGCCAUUUUGUUCGCCAUUACUCUGUACUCAUCCACUCCCCUGGUCUUGAGUAUCUUUCUCAUCACUCCGGGGGCCGUCCUCACAUUCCUCAAGACCGGCAGACAGUCCACCACCUCCGCCUCGGAUGCCCCAGCAAAGGUGAAUCCUCGCUCUGUCAAUGGCGCCGCUGCUAGCACUUCCAAUGCGCCUCCGAUCCUCCCAAUCCGACCAUUCCUGACCCAUUACCGCGGGUCAAUGCUCAUUGUGACCUGCCUAGCCAUCCUAGCUGUUGACUUUCCCAUCUUUCCCCGCCGCUACGCCAAAGUCGAGAUAUGGGGCACCUCGCUCAUGGACUUGGGUGUGGGCUCUUUCGUGUUUUCGGCCGGCGUGGUCUCUGCUCGAGCCGUGGUCCGCGCCCGUACCGGGGUUCAAGCAUUACCGUCACCGAAUACAAAAUUCGUCAGCCGUUUCAUUCAAGCCCUUCGACAUUCGGUCCCUUUGUUCAUCCUCGGCUUCAUUCGCCUCUACAGCGUCAAAGGACUCGACUACGCCGAGCACGUCACUGAGUAUGGAGUCCACUGGAAUUUCUUCUUCACGCUGGCGUUAUUACCCCCUUUUGUUGAGAUUUCCGACAGUGUUACCCGCAGGAUGUUCAAGUCUUACGAGACCUUCGCUCUCACCUUGGCCGUCGUCUACGAGCUCAUUCUCAACAAUACCGACCUUCUGUCCUACAUCUUGAUCUCUCCUCGCGGACCCGACCUUUUGUCCAAAAACCGAGAAGGAGUGUUCUCUUUCGCGGGAUACCUGGCGAUCUUCCUCGCAGGGCGCGGAACGGGGAUGCUUGCCGUCCAAUUCAACGAGCCGGUCCCAAAAAUUUCGAAACAGUCGAGUCCGAGGGAACUCACGCGUCGCGAGAGACGAUCGGUCCUCAAUGGCCUCCUCAUCAAAUCCCUUAUCUACGUUUUCCUAUAUUGGUUAACGACGAGCCUGUACACAUUCAAUCUUACAGUAUCGCGCCGCCUUGCCAACCUCCCCUACAUGCUGUGGGUUGUCGCGUUCAACAACGCCCAAAUGUUCCUCUUUGGUCUGGUGGAAGAUUGCGGGCCGAGCUUCUCAUACCAAGCGGAAGACAAGGACAGAGUUCGCUCCGCGACCAGCCGAAUUCUGGCGGUGUUUAAUAAGAACGGGCUCGUCAUCUUUUUGGUCGCGAAUCUUCUGACGGGCCUGGUCAACUUGAGUUUCAAUACGUUGGAUAUGCGUCCACUGAGCGCGAUGGGGUUGUUGAUGGGUUAUGCGGUUCUGGUUACCGGGGUAGCAUUGGGAUUGGACAAGAGUGGUGUGAAGAUCAAACUAUGA